CUGCCAUUUUGUAUCACCACAGUUGAGUCACUCAGACGAAGUUGGUCGUCAACGACGACGGCACGAAAUAUGCGAAUGUUUAUUGAAUUUGUACAUUUUAACCUUUGAUGAAAGUAUAUUACAUUUUGAGUUUGGAUAGGUUUUACUGUGGUCGCGACGGGCUGGCUGAUCUUGUAAUCAGUUGAUCAUCGUGUUAGAAUUCAUUUUGUUUACGUUUUGCUUUAGCAGGAGAGCUAACUCUAACGACGGUAGCCGUUAGCUAGCUAGCUUGGCUGGCGAACAACUGUCCAAGUGCUAGCUCACGCUAGUCAGUGGCGAAAUGGCCGCCAACACGAAACAAGCAACCUCUACAACAAACUGGUCCUUUGGUGGAGAUGGCCAGGUUCAUGAAAACCCAGAAUGGGAAAAAGCAAGACAAGCACUCGCGUCCAUUAACAAGAGUCAAAGCUCUGCUAAGACUGCCCAAGCCAACCGGACGGCUACAGCAGAGGCCAGUCAGUUUCAGCCAGCAGUGACUGACUCUGCUGCCAUUCAGCAACAGCAGCAGCAACAACCGCAGCAGUACUAUCCAUGGUACCAGCAAACUCAGCAGCAUUAUCCUGGAUACACAUACCCCUAUAAUUACUACUACCCCAUGGGUCCAUAUGGAGCUUCAUAUCCACCAAAUCAGUUUGGCGUACCCCCAGGGCCUUACCCAGGAACUCCCAGCUCUAAUGGACAGCCUCCUCCAGUGCCUGGAAUGGAAGACCAGUCGUCAGGCUACCCCUCUCAACCACAACCCCCUCCCCCUGCUACUCCCCAGCAACCCCAGAGCCCUACCACCUCUGAGACACCCCCUCCUCCCCCCCCACCCAUUCCUCCCCCACCCAAUUCCCAGUAUCCCCCUCCUCCAUCACAAAAUGCCUACAGUGCCAAUAAUUCCAUGCAAUACCCACACGGUGACCCCAACCAAAUGCAAGCUUACAAUCAUUCCCAGGGCAGGCCUAACUAUGGACAGGGCUUCCAGGCUCAGCACACAUAUCAGCCCUCUCAGAAUACCUCCCAGCAGCCAGGCCAGUAUGUAUCAGGGCUUGGCAGAGGAGAGACCAACAAAAACAAAAACCAAAAACAAGGACAGCAACUAUGGCACCGCAUGAAACAGGCACCUGGGACAGCUUCUGUGAAGUUCAAUAUUCACAAGCGGCCCUAUCAGGUUCAGUGUUCCUCAAUGUCCAAUCCAACUUUCCCUCCAGGCGAGCAGCCCUCAGGAUUGAAUCCAACUCCUUCUUCCCCAUCUUCGGCCAGUGUUGCACCCGGAGGUGCUCAGACACGACCCCAGGACUGGCCCCAAGCCAUGAAGGAAUACGUGCAACGCUGUUUUACAGCCUGUGAGACAGAGGAAGACAAAGAUCGUACAGAGAAGGUGCUGAAGGAAGUUCUGCAGGACCGGUUGAAGGAUGGCUCUGCUUACACCAUUGAUUGGACUCAUGAGCCGUUGCCAGAACUAAAGGCCAAGCAGUCUCGUUGGGGAUCUGUUGCAUCCCAGAGAUCAUCAGAUGGCUCAAUUAGUCGUGGUGGAAGUGCAAUGGCUGCGUCUCCAAGAGGCAGAGGUGGUGCACACCGAUUGGGCCACUACAGAAAUAUAUUUUCUCAAAGGAGUCCCUCUUCUAGUUCGUCCCGUUCCUCCUCCCGCUCCCCAUCCCCUUCCCAUGGCCGAAACAGGGACCGCAGCAACCAAAGGCACAGACGCAGUGAUUCUGGCUCACAGUCAGACAGCAGCAUCUCCAGUGACCUCCGACCGCAGCUGUCCCGACGGAGUCAGAGAGGUGGACGUGGUCGUGGUAAUGACAGGGAUAGAGGCCGUGGAGGUGGAGAGAGAGGACGAGGAAGAGGAGGAAAGGCAAACCGAGGAAGGCGAAACAUGGACGAUUCCAAUCCAGCUGUUGGAAAGAAGAGGAAAGGUGGCAACGCUGGUCUCGAUUUUCAUGACCCCAACAGAGAAGCCAAGAAGCAGAGCAGAGCAGCUCGUUUUCACAAGCAACUUCGCUCAGAACCCCUGGUUCUCUCCAUCAAUUCCCUGGACUUACCUGAUGGAACACAGGAGGGCCUCAGCUGGGAGGACUGCCCAAUUGUGGGAACGUGCCAGGACAUCACCAAGUCCUAUCUGAGGCUCACCUGUGCCCCGGACCCCUCCACUGUACGCCCUGUGCAUGUGCUGAGAAAAUCUCUGCAGGCAGUAAAAAUCCACUGGAAAACCCACCACGACUACACCUACGCCUGCGAACAGAUGAAGUCCAUACGACAGGACCUCACGGUCCAAGGAGUUCGUACUGACUUCACAGUGGAAGUGUACGAGUGUCAUGCACGCAUUGCUCUGGAAAAGGGAGACCAUGAAGAGUUCAACCAGUGCCAGACCCAGCUGAAGGCCUUGUAUAAGGACAAUCCCUCAGAGAACAUUGGAGAGUUUACAGCAUAUAGAUUGCUGUAUUACAUCUUCACUAAAAACUCUGGAGAUCUGACCACUGAGUUGGUGUACUUGACCCCGGCGCUGCGGGCAGAUGUGUGUGUGGCUCAUGCUCUCGCACUCCGUGCCGCCUGGGCAUUAGGAAACUAUCGACGUUUCUAAUUGUACAAGGAAGCCCCGCGCAUGGCUUCAUACCUCAUUGACAAGUUUGUAGAGAGGGAAAGAAAGGUUGCACUUCGGGCCAUAGUCAAAACGUUCAGGCCCGACUUGCCAGUGCAGUAUGUGCAGUCCAAUCUGGGCUUCUCUUGUUUAGACUCCUGUAUGGCGUUUCUUACUGGGCUAGGUGUCACCUUCUCCUGUGACCCCCAAAAAAUAGACUGCAAAACCAGCACAGCUGCUUUGGCUGCCUCCUGAGUGGGUGGGGGGUAGGACCAUGAAGGGAGGCACUAAGGGACCAUCAUGGAUCCUAACAUAUACAAUGCACUGCACUUCAGACACUUCAGCCUGUUCAGAUAGAGUAGUUGGCAAACUAACCGCUAUAGAUGACCCAUAUAGAAAGAUACAUACUAAAAUACUCUACUGCAAGAGAUUUCAGAUGUAAUUUCUGGCACUCAGAUAAGAAGUGUUUUAAACACAAGUCUGCACACACAAAUCUUGUAGGUAAGCCUAAUCCCCAAGUUGUCUACCUGCAUUUAUAAUCCCAGAAAAGUGAGUGAAGAGUCUAGAUUUGGGAGUAACAUGGGAUCUCAGCAUUUAGAGGCCAAGAAGUCACAGAACCAGAUCAGGGAGGCACCCUCAUGGUUCCUGUUCCGUAACCGCCAUCAGAUGUCAAAGCUAACAGUGUUCUGUUAUGUUUUUUUCCUUCCUCAAGUCAACAGCUCCAAGACCUGAAGAUUCAAGCCUUGUCAACCAAAAGGGAAAUACAAACCGCUGUUCUUCAAGUCAUUCAAGUCACUCUCUCCUGUUUGAAGUUAAGCCUACAGAUUCAGGUCAAGUUUACAUAUUCCUCGUAGAGACUGUGAAACAACACGGUGAGAAGACGCCAGCAGUUUGUCUGAAAGAAGAAACGGUGGUGGUUUGUAUGUCCUGCGCCUGUUUUCCUAAAGGUAUCCACAGUUGGUUGUGCAUCCUGUUCCUUGUCCCCAAAAGUGCGGCCUGUGAGAGCAAUGGACUGAAGUCUAAAGUGUUGUUCCGGAUUGAAUUAAGUUGUAUUAAUUCACUGGUCACAGUCAUGAAAAGGUUGGCCAGCUAUUGGGAAAAAGUCUCAACCUAAUGAGAAUUGACAUUGUGUACGAUAAAGAAUACAGUCAAGUGUUCUUCAUCAAGAUGAUCUCCUCACUCCUUCGUACCCUCGAAGUUGAGCUCCAUCUCCAGAAUCGGAGCAGCCAGAAAAAGAGAAGAGAGGUAUUCUGCUUCCAUCAUCCUUAUUUAGAAGUCCUCCAGUACCGGGAAUACCGUAGGCCCAAACAACACCGCAAAGUGAUGAAGCCCAUCUUUCAUCCAUGUUCAUCUUUCGUCAGCGGGAAACAUGCUGCUGCUUCAAGAAGGAGUAACGAGUGGUUUGUAUGCUACAUCUUGCUCUGGUGUUUGCAAGGCUGGUAAGCGAAAGGGACUUCUCUGGAUGGAGGUAGAUGACGACACAACAGAUGUUGCCUCACUUUUCUUCUGUUAAAUGUUUCACAUUGUAUGUUUUGCCUUAUCUUGACGAAAGGAGAAUGAAUUAUGGCGCUGCAAAGCAGAUUUUUAUGAUAAUUUACGAUAUGCAACAGGUCGAUUAAGUAUCGUAACAAAUUUGACAAUAUCCUAAAACGAGAGAAUAAGUAAGAUCCCAGAAAUUUACUGCACAUGUACUUGUGCUGUCUGAAUGUCAUAUGGUAAAUUAUUUAGUCAAACUGAUGUAGACAGUAAUUUAAUAAAAAGGGAGAUGUAAAUUGAGUGAAGACAAGUGCUUUUAUGUCCAUUUAUUCAGCAGGUAUGUAGGAUUUCUUUCAAAAAUAAAAGCUGCCUUGUAGCCUAUUUACCUGAAGUGAAAAACAGUUUUUCUAAGUGGCAGUGGAGUUGUAGUGAAGUUAGUUCUUUGUGAUGGGAUUUUGGCCCAUUUGUCUUCAGGUUUGUGCUUUUCAGGACCUAGAAUAGAGGUUCACACUAUUUUAGAUGAUAAUUGGGGAAAAAAAUGUUUAACAAUUCUUAAAAUGGUAGUCAUCAGAAGGCUCAAAUUUCAGGAAAUGUACCCCUUAACCAACCCGACCUUUCACACUGACAAUUUGGUACUGCUUUCUACCAUAUCCUAUAAUUUGGGUCCUUAUAAAAGGCUGAAAUUGAAAACACGGGUCAAUAUUGUUCUUCAUAAUUUGAGUAAUUUUUAUUUGAACAGUAUUAAUUACCAUUGUAGAAAUAUUAAGCCAGAGGUAUUUAAGUGUAACUGACCAGAAGAUUUGUGCAUACAUGCUCACUGUACAAUCUACAUUUGUCUACAGAGUAUAUUUUUGUAAAUAUUGUGUGAUAUUGCCGGGAUUUCUUUUCAAUUAGUGCAUAGUGUAGGUUUUAUUGUUUACACACGGUAAGUGUGAAUUAUUUGUUUUGUUUUUUUCUCCUGGGUUUUUCCAAAACUCUUCAACCAUUUUUGUGAAUAUGUAAACUUAAAUACGAACCGUUAUGGAUUGGGUUGUGUGCUAUGUCUUCAUUAGAGUGGAUGUAGUGGUGGAGUUGAUAAUUGCUAGUUUCUCUCAGUACAGCCUGAAAACAUUGGCACAGGCUCUUAAACCAGAUUGUGGUAAGAUAUCGUUCUUAAUUUUCAGUUAAAUGACAAAUAUUAAAAUGGUCCCUUCUUCAGGCAAAAAAAACACAUUACUACAUCUGUGUCACUUGCCUGUUUUGUGGCAGUUUAGUGAUGGCAGAUUUUCCCAUGCAAGGCUGAUCUAGCCACACGUGUAAUGUUAACACCUUCUACAAAGGGACACAUUUCCAUUAGAUUGACCAAACACUCUUGUGAAUCUUGAUCUAUAAUUUUUGUCAAACUGUUGAUGGUUGACCAUUUAAUUCAGCAGACAUUUUGUAAUGACAAUGAUCUCAACAUGUUUUCUUUCUUUCCCCUUCAUUUACCUGAUCCCCUGUCCUCUUUGCUACAUUCCCCUCCCCCUCCCUAAACAUUUUCUCUCACACGCCACCAGACGUCUCACUCUUCAGCUCGUAGUGCUGCUGCACUGCAGGAGCACAUGGAGUGAUGCUAAGUGGGCGAACCACUUACAGACGCCAGCCGGAGAGAGUGAAUUGUGAGCAAUCCGAGUCUUGGUUUGGCCCACUCGAGUUGAAGCCUCACAGCUGAUGAAACACAUGGGAGCCUUAUUUAAUGAAAUAUGGAAAAUGUUGCCAAUAUGAUUUGCUGAUAACCAAAUGUUUUUCUGUGCAACGUGCUUUUUUUUUUUUUUAAAGUUUGAAGAUUGACAAUCACCAUGAACUGCUGGUUUUUUGUUUGUCCAGAUGCAUUAUACAAUUGUUUUUCUUUUUUUAAUCUUUCAUCUACAGUUUACUGGUAAAAUUAGUCGUCUGUUAGUAUUUGUUUUCUUUCGCAAUAUUUAUUUAAAGUUGGGAAUAGUUAGCUUGGUGGACAGACAUAAUUUAGUGAUAGAGUUGCAUUAUAGAGCCUAGUUUUAAUCGCUCAGCUAAACAAGAUGUGUCUGGACAUACAGAACAUGUUAUCCUCAAAAUUCAUCUACAGUUACUAAUUUUUUUUAUUUAUUUUUUUCCUUAGUAUACAGUCUUUAGGCAAAGUUUAAUAAGUGCUGGUGCGUGCUCCCAUGCUAAGAAAUGACCUUUUGCUUUCUCAUGUGAAUGAGCUUGACUGAUGGUUGGUUGUUGCCUUUGGUUGGUGUAAAUGUAAGAUUUUCUUUUCUUUCUUUUUUUUUUUACACAUGGUUAAAGUGUGUACAGCUGAUGUCUCAGGUUUUUAGCAUUAAUAAUAGCCCAGGAUUUUUUUUCUUCUUUUUUUUAAGU